GUGCUAGAAACGUUUGCUGGACGCCUGAUUAGAAUAGGAGUUUUAGCACGGCGGGAUAUCCCCAGCCUGACAAAGUACCAGAUCAUCCUAGCAAGAGAUCAAUAUAGAAAAAACCCGUCCUCACAAAACAUGGGAGUACAUCAAGGCAUAAUUGAAGGAGAUUUUGCACUUUGUAUCAGUUUAUAUCAUGGUUAUGAGCUGCUGCUGCAAAUGGGAUUGUGGUCAUUAUUCAUCUACCUUUGUGGAAUUAUGGAUGGAUCAAAAGGGCUAACCCGUACGAAGAAUGAACUUGGUCGCAGUGAGGACUUCAUGAAGCUGUAUCAGCAGCUCAGAGACAUGUUUUCAGACACAUCUCUGGCUUCAGCGAAUGGAAGUGUUUACAAGAUAUUUGAAAAUAAAAAGGGAUUUAUCUACAGCCAUCCAAAAUUAAGGAAAUUGGAGGAAAUUGUUAUAGAACACUUCAAAUCCUGGAAAAAGGGAUUCACAACUGAAAGCACGUCCGUGGGCGCCACGGAUACCAGAGUGAUGAUCUUCUCAUCGUUUCGAGACAGCGUGCAAGAAAUUGCAGACAUGCUUUCACGGCUCAGCCCAGUCGUUAGAGUGAUGAUGUUUGUUGGCCACUCCACAGGAAAGAGCACAAAAGGCUUCACACAAAAGGAACAACUUGAGGUGGUCAAACGCUUCCGUGACGGUGGGUACAACACUCUGGUCUCUACCUGUGUUGGGGAAGAAGGUUUGGACAUUGGAGAAGUUGAUCUCAUCAUCUGCUUUGACGCUCAGAAGAGCCCAAUUCGGCUGGUGCAGCGGAUGGGCCGAACGGGGCGCAGGCGGCAGGGCCGGAUCGUUGUCAUCCUCGCCGAAGGGCGGGAGGAACGGACUUACAAUCAAAGCCAGUCUAACAAAAGGAGCAUCCACCGAGCUAUUUCAGGAAACAAAACGCUUCAUUUCUACCAGCACAGCCCACGUAUGAUUCCAGAAGGCAUAAAUCCAAAAUUGCAUAAAAUGUUCAUUACUGCUGAAAAAUAUGAACCAAGCAAUUCAAGAAUGCUUUCCAAAGAGAGAAGAUCUAGUUCCCUCCAGCAUAAAUCUGCUCUCUUUUCCUGUGUCACCG